CGAAAGACAUACCAAAUUGGUAACAACACAUGGGCCGAGGAGGAUAGAAUGUAUGUUCUCUUCCACGGGGAUAACCUCAAGCUCAACACUCCCCCAGUUUUCGAGGGGGCCUUGCGAGGGGAUGAUGCUGCCGCCUUGGGAAAGAAGCAGAAGUGCUCACCUUCCGAUAUUGCUGAAACACCAUUCACGCCCACGACGUUCCAAUAUGCAGGUUUGCUCCACCAGAAGGGCUUAGUGUAUAAGGAAAUGGAGCGCAACCCCACUUUGUUGUACAACCUGAUGGAGUUCUUCUGCCCAACCGGGAAUGUAGUUAUGUUGCUCGGGAAGGCUCACACCCAAGUUGUGUGGAACCUCCUCAGGAGUGGGCGCCACGUGGUUGCAGUGGAGGGGGACACAGAGCUCCUCAACUUUCUGAAUACAUACGUCAUGCAUGAGAUUAACACUGGAGUUCACAACUGCGAACUGUACACUGGGCAGAGCGCAAUGGACCAUGACCCCAACAGGAACUUCUGGUUCAAGCUCUCCUCGGACAAAAGGGUAAAGCUCUACAAGUUUUUGUUCCUCGACACUCGUCCUACAUACCGGACAGAGGACGACUACAAGGCACGCCGACACGUUGCGACCGGAAUGUUGGAUGGUUACCAUGGCGGGUCUAGGGAGGCGGCGACCAAGUUCGUCGAGAAACUGGAUGAGUGUUAUUUCGACCAAGGCAAGCUCGAAGUCACUCUCAAUAUUUUCAGGGCGCACGUCACCGAGGAGGACUUUAACCCCAACGACGAUGAAGAGGUCAGUGAAGGUAAUGAGGAGUUCGAUUUAGAUGCAACAUACCGCAAGCAUGCUGCCGCUGUAGCGUCGUCGUCAACUCCUGCAAGUUCCCAGGACAUCAUAGAGGAGAGUGCUGAACAGAACACGACUCUUGCCACUGAAGUGAGAUGUAGGGGUGCCACUGAGGUGAGAUGCGGCGAUACGGAGGAGGACUUUCUCUCGCAGUUGUAUUCGGUAAUGGAUACAGCACCGCUUCCGGCUGGAAACGUCCUUGCUGGCAAGUCAACUCAGACGUUUGUCAUGCGGUCCUCAGAACUCCCUUCACCUACACUCGCGCUAGGUCGGUGCGCGGAGGAGAGAGAAGUUAGCGUGUCGGAACAGGAAAAGGGAGCUAUCUGUCGUUCGUUGGGCGAUGACGUUGUCAGAAAGCUUUUCAAUGCCGACGAAUACCUUACUGUGAUCGAUUCUAGUCCACGCGAGUCUUCGGGGGGUAGGAUGGCUCUGGAAGAACUGUCUCUCAAUGAGGAUGUCGAGAAACCGCGUGUCGACUCUCUUGAUCCCUCUGCUGAGGAGGUUCUUUGAAUUGUCAAUGCUGACAUCAAGGACUUGUCCAAGUUUCCCGCGA